AUGAUUGUCGCCUCUCUUCGGCUUCGGACGCGGACAUUGGAGGGUGGAACGGACCUCUUGAACCCUGCGAUGCUCCAAGCCACACAGCAACUCGUCAUCACCAACUUUUACGACCGCGCUCUCCGUUCAUCACAUCCGAUGUCUUCAGCGGGCUUGUUUAGUUUCAAACGAUAUACACGAGUACAGAUUUCUGGAACUUUUCAUCAUCCAGCUGAACCCGCCAGCGGUACAUCGCCAAGGAUCCCGUGCUCUCCUAGUCUAGUCGAUGUGAGACCGCUUCACUGCCGAUUCGCUGCCGAUCUUCUCUGCGUCACCAAACUGCGAGUCUACGAGGGGCGCAAGUCCGUUCUUGAAAUUCAACUACAGAUACCCGCAACUGGACUUGUCGAACCUCCAAAUCAAAAGUCUGGUCGCCGUGGCACGUCUACGUCAAGAUCUGGCCGCAUCAGACGCGGAUUCGACGCUGUCGGUCAGGCGCGGCCGCCUGGCCGCGCUGUCAGCAGAAAAGGGGUCUUAGCCGCCCGCGUGCAGACAGGCCUGACAAUGACUUGGGACCGGAUGCCAACGCCAUUACAGGGCGGCUUGCCUUCAAGCAUGUCGAAUGUAAAGACGCAGCUCACAGAAUCCGCCGCAUAG